AUGCAUCAUGGUUCAGGUUUGGUAGAAAACGGGUCAAAUGUGAUGGGCGACAACCGAAGCUAUGUUGAGCCCACACGGGAAACUAUCCAGCAGCUCAGGGAUGAGUUGAAAAAGGCCCGCGAUCAAGUACGCGAUGUAUCGGCGCAGGCGGAGGAGUUGCGGGCUACCGUCGCCCGCCAGAAUGAGGAACUGGAACGCCUGAAGCAACUACAUUCAAAUGUAAACAGUGUUCCACCAUCCCACAAACGCUCCUCCCAAGGUCCCGUGGUCGGGCACCUAGGACGGCUGGUCCUUGGGGACAGCAAUGCGGAAUUCUUUGCAGGGUCCACGACCGGCGUGCAUUUCAUAUUAUCGGCCCAACAGCAGUAUCAAAGGCGCUUUCAAUCUUCUGACCAUUUCCCUGAAGGUGUCUUCCGUUUACAUGUUUUGAAAGUGUGUCAUGGGAGUGUUCGAAUGCGUCCGAGUGAGCCUGACCCGCACUGGGUUGAGCCCCAGUUUUUGAAUCUUCCAAAUUUUGAAUAUGAUUUCCUCUGUCAACAAGGUCCUACCGCCUUUGAGGCCGUCUUUGACUGGUUCCAGCACUGUUGGGGCAUUCUAUAUCCAGUCCUCCUGUCAAAGCAAUUUUUCGCAGCUCUAGACCAACUCUUCCAGGGUAUCCGGGCCUCUUCCGACAAUUCCUUUUUACUUCAAGCCUAUGCACUGCUCGCCCUCAAUGCGUUCAGUCAUCAUAGUCCUGACUCGGACGUCUUGAAUCACACCUUGACACAGUCACAUUAUGACAGGAUAUUGAGCGACCUCUUUGGACGAAUGCCAAGUCGCGGUGAUCUCACAACCCUCCAGGCACUCUUGCUCUAUCUGCUUUACCUACAGACCACAUCGCAGCAUUCCUUAGGCCUGCGCGUCUGUGGGAUGGCAAUCAGGCUCGCCCAGUCACUUGGUCUUCAUCGUCAUUCAAGACGCUUUCGCCAUAUUCUGGGUGAAACAGAAUUGCGUAAGCGGUUAUGGUGGCAAUCAAGUGUAUUGUUUGGUCUACCACGGACUGUCCAGCAUGCCGACGUAGACGUUGAUCUACCUAUUAAUGCUGAUUUCGAUGAUCUGCACUGCGAGCAACUGUCCUAUCCUCUUCCCGGAGAAACGACCCGUGUGGAGCCAUUCAUCCACUAUAUCCAACUUUCUCAAAUCUUGUCUCGCUGUUUGCAGCAGAUGUACACAACGACGGACCGACGCGGAGCGGUCGGAAAGAUUCAGCAUCUCCAGCGAGAGCUGGAUGUGUGGAGUCAGAAUAUCCAGACUUCCCAGUCAGAUAUUGCUCUGACGGUAUACAUAGGAAAGAAUGGCCUUGGAGAGACGUCCGGAUACAUCUCGCUAUGGCUUUCCUUACUGACACAAUUCACUAUCGUCCUCAUUCAUCGCCCCGCCUUGACCUUUAGCCCCGAGGAGCCGCAGUUUGGCGAGAGCCUGGGUGUCUGUGUGAAGUCAGCAACACAGAUCAUCGCUUGCUUCCAAAAUGAAAGGGGCCACCACCUCUUGCCUCAAAUGUGGCCAGCUGGGUAUCACCUUGUGUUCCAAAGUGCCCUAAUGCUGCUCUACGAUUGCUGGGUUAGAGGACCGCAGGAUGUCUCUGUAUCACAGCCAUCAUCGGUGAACCACGCUAGUUCAUUGGAAUCAAUUAAACCGGUUCAAACCGCUAUAGAGCUUCUCAAGCCCCAGUCAACAACUGCCUACGACAUAGCUUCAACAUCAGGGAAUUUAAAUUCGGGACUGUCACCAGAGGCGAUAAGCGAGCUAAGCCAGGCAUCUUCCUUCCUACAAUACUUGUACAAUCACUAUUUACGAGCUGACUCGAGAGCCAUUGAGCAACCGCCGCAUUUGGCCCAGUCACCUGGCAUGCCUAUCCCGCAUUCCAUUUUCGCCAGCUCGCCUGCGCAAACACCUCGCUCGUUCGACUAUUCUAGUAUGCUCGACCCGAUGAGCAUAGCGACCACUACGUGGACCCCUUUUUCGAUUGAUGAGAUAAAUCAGAUGGAGCCAUUUGAAUUCACGGAUUCAUUUUUGGUACCAUGGGGGAACUGA